AUACAAUUUGUGGGCUUUAGCAAUAGCAUAUAUAAAUUUUAAAUAUAAUAUAUAAUUUAAAUAUAUUCAUUUUAAAUGUGUUUUAUAGUUAUUAAAUUCAUGUUUGAAAAAAGAAAAGUUGCCUGCUGAUGGUCAAGACAGCUUGCAAAUGUUGGAUCCAUUUAUACAUUUAUUGCUCAAUUGUCUUCAAUCUUCAUAUGCAAAGGUGAUAUCUUUAGCUCUUCGUUGUUUUAUUUCAAUUUUAGCUUUUCCUCUUCCUUCUUUACAAUCAAACAUUACAAGCAUUGUGGUUCGUCUCUUUGUUUUACUUAAAACAUAUGCAGGAUUGGGAAUGGCACAAGGAGAAAACUUGGAAAUAGUUGUCACCUGCUUUAAAGCUUUAACAUUAGUUUUGUUAAAUGUUGAGUAUUAUUCAUUUACCUCAGAACAAUUGGUUAUUCUUUUGAGUCACAUCGAGCAAGACAUUAAUGAUCACACAAGACAAGCAUCAGCUUUUAAUUUGCUAAAGGCCAUAAUAUCUCGUAAAUUGGCAUCUUCUGACAUUUCAAGAGUGGCAGAAAAAGUAGCAGAAUUAUCAAUAACUUCUAAGCAAGAACAUGUUCGCUCUCAAUGUCGACAGAUUUAUCUGCAGUAUUUACAAAAUUAUAUUUCCAAAAGAAAAGAAAUGUCAAAAUUAUUAUCAACAUACAUGGCACAAUUAGAAUACCAACAUGAAUAUGGCAGAAUAUCUUGUUUGGAAUUGUUAAAUUCCAUUUUUAAUACUUUCAGUCAGAAAUCUUUGAAAAAAUUUUCUGGUUUAUUUUUUAUUCCCAUGUCUGCAAGAUUAAUUAAUGAUGAUUCUCCUCAAUGUCGUAAUUUAGUUGCCCUGGCUUUAAAGAAUUUCCUUGCUAAGAUUGACAAAGAAGAAAGAAGUAAAUUAUUUAGUAUUGUUGUUACCUGGCUCAAGAAUGAUAAGCUUUCUCAUCGACGUCUGGGUGUUCAACUGUGUGGUUUGUUUGCUGAAGUAGAACAACAACAUUUUGAACAUCGACUUUCACAGGUUUCUGACAUUUUUCAACAACAAUUAAAUCCUGCAUCAUAUGAUAAGAUUGAACAUUCUUUUGCUGAAAAAAAUGCUGAUCACAUUUUAUAUCAUUUACUAAAUUGUCUGAUGAAAAUAGUUUCCAUUUGUCCAUCUUCACACAAGUUAAGCACAAUUUGGGAUGAGAUAAGGGCACAUUUGCUUCAUCCUCAUCUUUGGGUUCAGUUAGCAGCUGCACAACUGUUUGGUUUACUUUUCUCUCAGUAUUCUGUAGAUGAUGUCAUGCAAUAUGUUUACAAUGAGUUUCCAAAUUCUGAUGUCUAUUUAUUAUUUGAUACAGAACAAAAGUUGAAACUGCUAUGUAAGGAUUUUCUUAUUCAGUUAAGUAAUCCAGAAUUGGAUAAAUCAUUGUCUGAACAAUUAUUAAAAAAUCUUAUAUAUUUAGCUAAAAUCUUUGCUAAGUUGUAUUCAGAAGAGAAAGAAUGUGAUGAUUUUGGGCAUUUAAUUGGACGUGUCUGUCGUGAAGCUAAUAUAGAAGUUGUCAAAUAUCCAAAAUCUACUAUUAAAGUAAGUUAUUUCCAAUUUUUAUUUAAAACUGUAUAUAAAGAACACUAUAUUUCGGAGACAGUUGAUCAUUAGCAGCCAGAGGAACUCAAUCAAUAAUUUCAUCAAACAAACAAAAUUACUCACUGUCAAAAACAUCUCAACAGUUUAUUAUUUUUACAGUAAUUUAGAUUAUAAAAAUUUUCUAUAGGAAAAAUAUAUUUAUCAUCACAUUCCACUAUGCUUGGCCCAGAUAAACAGCACAAGGAAAUAUUGUACAGAAAUGUACAUUGUUGCUGCUAGUUGCCAUUAAUUAGUGCACUAGUGAAAUAUGCAUGAUUUCAUAAAGCAUUAGGGCCAACUCCAGUUUUUAGUAUACAACUGUAUAUAGGAGUGUGCACAUCACUAUACAUUUUGAGACACACGUCUUGACUCUCAUUGACUCACAACUGACUCACAUAGCUGUGCUGGGUGUGAUGUGAAUGAUAUUACAAUUGUUUAUAGUUUAUAAUUUUUACUAAUUUAGUUGAUUUGUUUUUAUUUUACUUAAUCAUCUACCACUUACUAUAGCUGCAUAUUUUGAAUCUGUUAUCAUAGUAUUCUUCUUAACUUUGCUGAAUAAUACCCCAUAAAUCAUGCAGAAAUA